AUGACUGCCGCGCAGGACCCAAGGCGCGCGUCGCCCGCCGACGAGACGACGCCUCUUCUGCUCCGCGACGAGCCCAAAGAAAGAGACGAAAAAGACUCCGGUGUCUCGGUAUUAUUUCGUGCCCUGCUCUGCGCAUUCCUCGUCUCGUUAACCUUUGGCAUCACUCAAGUCCCCAUUCUCUUUGCCUUCCGCAUCAUGACUUGCGAUGCCUACUACGAGCAUCAUGUCCCGGACCCCAAUGCGACCGACAUAUGCGCCAAGCGCGAGAUUGAAGCCGGAGCUGCUCGAUCCUUUGCCCUCCUCGCGUCCUCAACCACCAUCUUCGGCCUGGUCAAUCUGCUCGUUGCGGGCUGGACCAUCAAACGUUUAGGCGUCAAACUCGCGCUCAUCAUCCAGAUCUUCUGGCCUGCUGUGCGCUUGCUCGUGCAAAACAUUGGCAUCAUGCGUGGUAGCAGUCUAGGCAUCAUGAUUGUGCAGUCCUCUCAGAUCAUCACAGUUGUUGGUGGGCCCAAUGGCUAUGUUCUCUGCCUCAAUUCACUGGUCGCCGAGGUGGUUGGGCAUGAGGGGCGCACGGGAGCGCUGGGCCGUCUCCAGGGCUGCAUGUACUUUGGAAGUGCCAUUGGCUUUCUCAUCGGAGGCGUGGUAGGAGAUUUGUUUGGCAUCCUUGCUCCGUUUCGCAUGACCUUAGCACUCUUCUUGCUCUGCUGCGCUUACGUCGCAGUGUCGCUGCCAGCCAUGGACCCGCCAAAGGAAGACAAAGAAGCCUCACCCCACCAAACCGCGGGUGUUGCACGAUUUUUCGGUCCCCUCCGAAUCUUUGCACCGCAGAAAUGGGAGCUUCCCAAUGGUCACGUUCGCCUCCAGUUUGGAGCAUUGACCCUGGGUAUCGGCGUUUUCCUAGGCAUCCUCGCGACGGGCUAUAUCCCUGUAUUGCUUCAGAUGUAUGCGACGGCCGAGUUUAGCUUCGGUACCAAGGAGAACGGGGCUUUGAUCUUCUUGUACUCGUCGCUUAGAGGAGGCUUUCUCUCGUUCGUGUUUCCCCGUGUCAUCGCUGCAGGGCGCAGAUGGCUCGGUGAUGGCGGCAACAAGGACAGACUAGAGACUGAGGAACAACAGCCGCCAGUCCAUGUCCGCGCUGCAUCGCCAUCGCCAGCCAUCAUCGAAUCCGUCGAUACCAUGGAGAACGAAGAGCCACCGAAUCCGGAGCCAGCCAACCAGCAAGAGACGUACACAUUUGAUCUGUUCUAUGCGCGCUUUAGUCUCCUCCUGGAUGGUAUCCUGACAGGCCUUGCGAUACUCGUGUCUAGGGGAUGGCAGAUGUACCUGGUGGCCAUACUACUGCCCUUUGCUGCAGGAACCGGCGCCGCGUCCAAGGGAUCCAUUCUCCAGAUGCUGCCGGAGAGUGAGCGCGUAGAUGCUCUCAGCGGCAUCACGCUGGUGGAAAACAUUGCGCGACUGUCCACCACUGCCGUUUUUGGAUUGGCUUUCGCCGCCCUUGCGGAAGUUGGAAAGAGUUAUCUCACGUUUGUAUGCAAUGCGGCUGUUGCGCUGCUCGGCUUUCUCGUCCUGCUUUCCACCCGCUUCCCGCCCAAAGGUAGUCGUCGCGCGUAAACUGGGACACGAUGAUAAAUUUUCAAUGGAAUUGGCCGUAUAUAUGAAUCAAUAUGAACAGUUGGCGGUCACAAUCUUAC